AUGUACGACAAAAUCGUUCCCCUGGGCUCGCGCCUCCACUACCCCAUCACCGUCACGAAACUCCUCAAGAAACCCGGCGAUUCGAUCAAGAAGCAGGAGAGUAUCUUCGAAUACAAGUUCCACUGGAAGCGCAGGGUCAACGAAGAUGAUUGGAGCGACGAAACUACAUAUACAGAGUUUGACAGUCCCGCUGAGGGCAAGCUCAAGCAAUGGCGCAUCAAGGAAGGUCAGGAGAUAGCAGCUGAUGUUGCGUGUCUGAUGGUUGAAGAGGCGUGCGGCCACGAAGUACAGGUUCAAGGACUCUGCAGUUUGUGUGGCGCAGACAUGACCGAGAUCAACUGGGCGAGCGACAACCUCGACACAGAACGCGCCAUGAUCAACAUGAGUCAUGACCAGACUGUUCUGAGGGUCAGCGAGAGCGUCGCCACAAAGGCAGAGCACGAGAAUCAGAAACGCUUACUUCGACAACGUAAACUGAGCCUUGUCGUCGAUCUCGAUCAAACCAUCAUCCAUGCUUGUAUCGAGCCUACCAUCGGCGAGUGGCAGCGCGACCCGACAAAUCCCAACCACAACGCCGUCAAAGAUGUCAGGAGUUUCCAGCUCAAUGACGAUGGUCCUCGCGGCGUCACGAAUGGUUGCACAUAUUAUAUCAAGCUUCGACCUGGAUUGAUGGAAUUCCUUGAGGAGGUAUCUAAGAUGUACGAACUGCACGUUUACACGAUGGGAACACGCGCCUACGCCCUCAACAUCGCCAAGAUUGUCGAUCCCGACCAGAAGCUCUUCGGUAACCGCGUUAUCAGUCGUGACGAGAAUGGCAGCAUCACCUCAAAGAGCUUGCAACGACUGUUCCCUGUCAGCACAGACAUGGUCGUCAUUAUUGACGAUCGUGCCGAUGUCUGGCCCAUGAACCGACCGAACCUGAUCAAAGUGGUACCGUACGACUUCUUCAAGGGUAUUGGAGAUAUCAACUCAAGUUUCCUACCUAAGCGACAAGAUAUCCUCCCCGUUUUAAAGCCCAAGCCCGUGGACAACAGCCCAAAGCUGGCACCAAAAGCUUCGCCCAUGGACGAGAUCGUGAGGAUGAGUGGUGGCGACGAUGCAGCCAGUCUGAAGACGCAGGCUGAGGAGCAGGAGAAGACUCUGGAGAAACAGAUCAAGGAUAGGCCCUUGUUGCAUAUGCAAGAGGAGCUUGAUAAAGAAGAUGAGCAGCAAGAAACCAGUACCACCAGCGACUCACCAUCCAUCCACCACCGAAAUGUCCUUGUCGAUGACGACGAAGAACUUAUUGCUCUUCAGGACCACCUGACAGAUUUACAUACCUCCUUCUACGAGACAUACGAUAGACGGCGAGCGGAGCGAAUGGAGAAGGAGGAGGGUACACAUCCACCUGCGCACAGCAAAUCCAAGAGGAGGCCAUCUGUCGACGAUGGUGUUGAUCUUUCUAUGGUGCCAGACGCAGGAGAUAUUCUUGACGAGCUCAAAUCUAACGUAUUAUCUGGUCUCGUGAUCGUGUUGUCUGGUCUAGUACCUCUUGGCGUCAGAGUAGAGGAUUCUGAGAUUGGACUACAAGCCCAGAGUUAUGGCGCUCAGGUCUUGGACACGAUAUCGAGACGAGUCACACAUCUUGUCGUUGCAUCUUCAAGACCUAGGACAAAGAAGGUGCAGCAGGCGGCCAAGAUCCCUAGUAUCAAGAUUGUCAACCAGAACUGGCUCACCGAUUGUCUAAGCCAAUGGCGAAGGCUCGACGAACGACCGUAUCUUUUGGAGAUCCUCGAAGCUGAUAGGGAAAAGGGAGGAGACGAUAAUACCGAAGUCACGUCCGAAGCUGAAGAGGUCGAAGAUGCCCAGACGGGUCAAGAGCUCAAGGACUUUGACUGGGGAGAAGCUGAGGAUGAGCUUGCCGACUUCCUGGAUGAUGACGAGGAUGACGAUGACGAUGAGAGCGUUGCCGCAACAGCUACAGAGUCUGAUAUGGAGACUGUGGAUGGGAAUUCUAAGUCAACACUCAAACGCAAGGCCGACGCAGAUGAAUCAGACGAUGACGGCACAUCAAGCAUAGGCGAAAGUAUCCUAGCCAAGAAGCAACGCCUGGCAAGAAACCGGGGCGCUUCCAGCCUAAGGUCAAUACAGACGCCCAACGGUGACGACACAGAAGACGGCAGCCUUCCCACACCGGUGCCAACAGGCGACGAGGCAGCCGAGGAUAGGGAUAAGGGCCUUAUCGUUAACACAGAUGAGGGUCAAGAUUUUGAUGAUGACGAGUUGGAGAGAGAAUUGUUAGCGGAGUUGAUGGCCAAUUAG